GGCCGGGUCGAGCCGUCGGGUUGAGUCGAUUUUGCAGCUCUAGUAUGCUUGUGCAAAACUAAUUUUCACUGACAAAGUUGAAAGCUUGGAAAGUCACCGGAGAUAAGUCGCCAAAACGACGUCGUAUGGUCUGUGCAUAAAUACCAAAGAUUGUGUGAGGAAAGGUAUUAGUUAUCGCAGAUGGGGCACGGCGGCUACGGGAAGCGCAGUGGCGCCGCCAUCGAGAGGAAGAAGCCCGCCGGCCAGCGCCGCCCCAAGGCCUUAGCAAUUGACAAGAAGUCCAAGGCCACCAAGCCCAAAUCCGUCACUUUCAAGAACCAAAUCCGCUCCAUUGAACGCAUGCUUCGCAAAGAUCUGCCUCUUGAAAUAAAGGAAGCUCAAGAGAAGAAGUUGGAGGAACUCAAGAGACAACAGGAUAUUCAAAAUCGUCUGGCUCUGGAGCGUAAAAUAUUCUUGCGGUAUAGAAGGAUCAAAUUCUUUGAGAGAAGAAAGAUCGAAAGAAGGAUAAGGCGGUUGGAGAAACAGCAGCGUGCUUCCACUGGUCAGGCUCAGGAAGCAGAUAUUUCUGAACAACUGUCUAAACUGAAGGAAGAUCUUGAAUAUGUCAAGUUCUUUCCGAAAACCGAGAAAUAUGUGUCGUUAUAUGUUGGAGGUGACGAGGCAGAAAUCGUGGAAAAAAGAAAUACUUUGCGCAAGCAAAUUAAGGAUAAUCUGAUUGCUGCUGCUGCAAGUGGGAAGGAUUUGGAAGAGACAGGGAGUGAGGAUGAUGGCACCUUGGAUCCCAGUGAUGAUGAUUUCUUUUUAAAUGGGAGCUCUAGUGAAGAGGCUGAAGCAGAUGAUGAGUGGAGUGCAAGGGAUCAAGCCUCUAGCGCCUCGGGCAAAGCAGCAUCUGGGAUGUCCAGUGACGAAAGAAAUCAGAAACUGAUCUCUGCUCGUGCUCUAAUGCCGCCUCCUGGUCCCUCCAGGAGGCCAAUAGUAAGUUCAACUAAGAAUGAGUCGAGAUUCGCAGGAUCCAACAAGAAGCCAUACAACAGAGCUGAGAUAUCCACAUCUAGCAACACUUCUAGUAUCGUUAGACCUACCUACAGUAAGAAGCCAUACAGCAGAGCUCAAAUAUCCACAUCUAGCAACACCUCUAGCAGCUUCAGUAGACCACCCUCACGAAAGAGAGACCCCAUGGAGUCGACCACUGGUACCUUGAGCUCAAACUCAGACGCUAGAAAACCACGAAGAAAGAGGAGGCCUAAGAAGAAAAGGCAACAGACAUCAUAGUUGGGAACCUAAAGAAUACGCUGUUGUCUAUCUUUCUGCGUUGCUCGCUCUUCUUACUGCGAUCUGAAGUGAUUUCGAAUUUGAUUCUUGAUUAAGGCUUGACUCAACUCUGGCUGAAAAAUGUUGUCAUUUUUAGUCAUAGGUUGGCUGUUCUAUUAUCCAUAGUUGUAGUGUGAAGAUGUGUACAAUUACUUUGUAUUGUAAUCUUCAAACUUCUCAUCAUGCAUAUCUAAUGUAUUUAUUUUUGUGAUUCUAGUUA